UGGACAUCAGAGGAAGACAAUCUCUUGAGAUUGGCUGUUCAGCUCUAUGGCGACAAGACCGAAAAGUGGGCAAAGAUUGCAGCCUGUGUGCCAGGCAGGACAAACAAGAACUGCCGAAAACGGUGGUUCCAUUCGCUCGAUCCCUCACUACGCAAGGGUACCUGGACAGACGAAGAGGACCAGCUGCUGCGCGAAGGUGUGACAAAGUACCCCAACCAAUGGAGUAAGAUUGCAGACAUGCUCGAGGGACGGACGGACGACCAGUGUGCCAAACGCUGG